AUGGGUAUAGUGGCUACUCUUUAUCCCGUUACCGACAGCCAUAACACACUUUGCAUAGAAGCUGUGUCAGGUACCUCUACCGAUGGGUAUGGUGGCUACUCUUUGUCCGUUACCGACAGCCAUAACACACUUUGCGACAGAAGCUGUGCUGUUCCUAUACCGAUGCGUAUAGUGGCUACUCUUCCCGUUACCGACAGCUAUAACACACUUUGCGACACCGCAACACGCACGACCAGAAGCUGUGUCGGUUCCUCAUACCGAUGGGUAUGGUGGCGCCACUCUUUAUCCGUUACCGACAGCCAUAACACGCUGUGCGACAAAGCUGUGUCCCGAAGCUGUGUCAGUUCCUCAUACCGAUGCAUUAUAGUGGCUGCUCUUUAUCCCGUUACCGACAGCCAUAACACACUUUGGGACAGAAGCUGUGUCAGUUCCUCUUCGUACCUCAUUAUCCGUUACCGGGCCAUAACACACUUUGCGACAGUGGUGUCGGUACCCUGUCGUACUCUUUAUCCGUUACCGACAGCCAUAACACACUUUGCGACGAAGCUGUGUCGGUACCUGUACCGAUGGGUAUGGUGGCUACUCUUUAACCACGUUACCGACGUACGCAGCAACACACUUUGCGACGAAGCUGUGUCAGUUCCUCGCCGCCGAUGGUAUGGUAAUACUCUUUAUCCGUUACCGACAGCCAUAACACACUUUGCGACCAGAAGCUGUCGGUACCUCAUACCGAUGGGUAUAGUGGCUAUUCUUUAUCCGUUACAGACGGCCAUAACACGCUACACCGACCCAGGCUGUGUCGGUACCCAUCGCUUACCGAUGGGUAUAGUGGCUACUCUUUAUCCCAUUACCGACAGCCGCAACACACUUUGCGACAGAAGCUGCUGUCAGUUCCUCAUACCGAUGGGUAUAGUGGCUACUCUUUAUCCCGUUGCCGACAGCCAUAACUUGCACUUUGCGGCAAGGCUGUGUCGUUACCUCGCAUACCGAUGGGUAUGCAACACACUUUGCGACAGAGCUGUGUCAGUACCUCAUACCGAUGGGUAUGGUAAUACUCUUUAUCCCGUUACCGACGAAGCCAUAACACACUUUGCGACAGAAGCUGUGUCGGUUCCUCAUACCGAUGGGUAUGGUGGCUACCUCUUUAUCCCGUUACCGACAACCGCCGCUUUACUUUGCGACAACUGUGUCAGUACCCUCAUACCGAUGGGUAUGGUGGCUACUCUUUAUCCGUUACCGACAGCCAUAACAUUUGCGACGAAGCUGUCAGUUCCUCAUACCGAUGGUAUAGUGGCUACUCUUUAUCCAUUACCGACAGCCCACUUAACACGUGCGACAGAAGCUGUGUCAGUACCUCAUACCGAUGGUAUAGUGGCUACUCUUUGUCCGUUGCCGACAGCCAUAACACCUUUGCGACAGAGAAGCUGUGUCGGUACUCAUAGCCGAUGGGUAUGGUGGCCUCUUUUUCCCGUUACCAACAGCCGCAACACGCUUUGCGACAGAAGCUGUGUCGUUCACCUCAUACUGAUGGGUAUAGUGGCUACUCUUUGUCCGUUACCGACAGCCGCAACACACUUUGCGACAGAAGCUGUGUCAGUACCUCAUACCGAUGGGUAUGGUGGCUACUCUUUAUCCGUUACAGACGGCCAUAACACACUUUGCGACAGAAGCUGUGUCAGUACCUCAUACCGAUGGGUAUAG